AUGGGAGUCAGGAACUUGAUCCCGCAUCUGAAACGAUAUGCACCUUCGAGCUUGAAAGAAGUUAGCCUAUCACACUUUGCUCACCAACCAUUGGCUAUUGACGGUACCCUUUUCGCGUAUCAGGCUCUCUAUACCUCAUAUAAACGUGGUGGCCGUGAUCAUGAAAGUGAAGAACAAAUGUCGGAUGCUGCUCUGAUACUACGUGGUAUUUACUAUGUCGCUCGGAAACUCACAUUCCAUAACGUCCAGCCUCUUUUCAUCUUUGAUGGGCCCGGAACUGGUGUGAGAUCAAUCGUGAAAGCUGUAGAACGUGAACGGCGACGAGAACGUCGUAAAGAGCUCCUUUCGGCCAUCGAAAGUGAAGAGCAACGACAUGAUCGACUAGAUCAUCUAAAUGAUCUGCUCAAUAUCAUGUCACAUCUGUCGUCUUCGCAACUAGAUUACGUAACAGCUGAUUUGGAAACUGCUGCCGCCUUGAUGACCGAUGAAGAAGCCACUAGUAUACAGCCACCACCUGAUAAACCGUCUAGACCACCGCCAGAAACCGCCGCAAAAGACAUUGAACACGUAAAGAAUAUGUUGGAAGCCCAUGUUGACAACCUAUUGAAGAUUCAAUCAGCAGAUGAUGAAUCUAGGCCUGUAAAAAGUGCCGCUAGAGAAGAAUUAGCAUUGAUUGAAGCUAUAAAGCAAGAAGGGGCGUUGAAUCCUGAGCACAUCAUACAUCUUCAGUUGUUACAAAAGCACCACCUUACACGGCAGGACAAACUACGUUCACGUAUAGCUCAAGUGACGCCAAAUCUCGUCAAACAGGCAGCCCAUUUGCUUGAUUUGAUGAACAUCUCACACUAUACGAUUGAAAAGGAUGAUUAUGAGGGAGAAAUGGUUUGUGCAUCACUGGCAUCGCAUGGUCUGGUAUCUGCAACCUUGACAGAAGAUACAGACGCUAUUGUGGCUGGAGAUGGACUUGUGAUUCAGAAGCUGGGAAGGAAUAUUCUGGAUAAAGAUCUCGUAACUGUAGUUGAUCCUCAGCUAGCGAGAGAUGGCUUGCAAUUGUCUCGCUCACAGUUUGUAGACUUGUGUAUACUUAUGGGAACAGACUUUUCUUCUACAAUUGAAGGAAUCGGUCCUGUUCGCGCUUUCGGGUUGAUUCAAAAAUUUGGCUCGAUUGAAAACAUUCUUAAAAACCAGCCAAAGCUUGUUACUGGUGAUACUUUCCUGCCAGAGAUUGCUCGAGGCGUAUUCACAAGACAAUACGUCCCAGACGACAACCUCAUAUCCCUCGCUGAGAAGACAAGGACUCAUGUCAAACAGGUUGAUGAUACUGCUGCAUUAAGGUAUUUGAAUGAACAAGGAGUUAUGGACGUCGGAUAUGGCAGAGCGGAGGGUGAUGGUGGUGUUCGGUUGGAAAAGUUUCCUGGUGAAUAG